AUGCCAGAAGACUUAUUUAAACCAGUUGGUGAGAUUGUAGAAGACGCUGAACAUGCCAAUGAGGGGCAACAGGGUACAACUCAAAACGGAGAAAACCAGGCAGAUGAUACUGGGUUAGUUCAAACCGGUGCCUUUGAUGCUAUGGGUCAUCCAGUACAGGAAAUUCCAUCCUUAUGUAUGAACUGUCAUAAAAUGGGUACUACCAGAUUAUUGUUGACGAGGAUUCCUUACUUUAGAGAAGUAGUUCUUAUGUCUUUCGCCUGUGAACACUGUGGUUUCAAGAAUUGUGAGAUCCAGCCUGCUUCUGAGAUCCAAGAGAAGGGUUCUAAAUACAUGUUGAAAGUGGAAGAGAAGGACGAUUUCAACAGACAAGUCAUCAAGUCUGAGACUGCUAGCUGUAAGUUCGUGGAAUUAGAUCUUGAAAUCCCAGGGAAACGUGGACAGCUCACUACUGUAGAAGGUCUACUAAGUGAAAUGGUGGAUGAUUUGGAAAGUGAUCAGCCUUUAAGAGAGAAGAUCGACAAGCCAUUAUACGACCAGAUCCAGGCAUUUAUUGACAAAGUAAAGGACACAAUCGCAUGCAAAGAUGGUACUUUGCCCAUAACUUUCGUUAUAGAUGAUCCAACAGGGAACUCAUGGAUCGAAUAUAAGCCUGGGGAAGCUGCUCAUAAGUGGUCUCAUGCUGAAUAUACGAGAUCCGAUGAACAAAAUGUUCAGAUCGGGUUGAUUACUAGGGAUCAACUAGAAGAAAGACGUAAGGAAGAACGUGAGAGAAUAGAAGCAGAACGUGAAAGAAACCCUUCUGUAGCCAAAAAGGAAGGAGCUGCCGCCCAGGGAUUCCUAUCAGACGCUACUGAUAUCGAGAAUUUCUCUAACGAAGUUCAGACUUUCAGAGCUUCUUGUCCAAACUGUUUGCAACAAUGCGAUACUCAUAUGAAACGUGUGAAUAUUCCUCAUUUCAAAGAAGUUAUCAUCAUGUCAUCCAUCUGCGACCAUUGUGGUUACAAAUCGAACGAAGUUAAGACGGGUGGUGCUAUUCCAGAAAAGGGUAGAAAAAUUACUUUAUACUGUGAUGAACCAGAUGAUUUAUCAAGAGAUAUCUUGAAGGGUGAAAACUGUAAGAUGAGCAUCCCCGAAUUAAGUCUAGAUAUCCAAGAAGGUACUUUGGGUGGUAGAUUUACCACUUUGGAAGGUUUGUUAAGACAGGUGUACGAAGAAUUGGAAUCUCGUGUCUUUACUCAAACCUCUGAUUCUAUGGAUGAACCUACCAAGCAACGUUGGGUUUCGUUCUUCGGAAGACUUCAAGAUGCUUUAGCUGGUAAGGUCAAAUUUACCGUACACAUGGAAGAUCCAUUGGCUGGUUCAUAUAUCCAAAACGUUUAUGCGCCAGAUCCAGAUCCAAAUAUGACUAUCGAAGAUUAUGAAAGAACUCCAGAACAGAACGAAGAGUUAGGUCUAACCGAAAUGAAGGUUGAUUAA